CGGGGAGUUACUUGGCGGUGCCUGUUGUGGACGUUGGCCCUGCGAUUCGGAUUCGGCUCUCUGGCGCAUCCGCGGGUGAUCGGGGCUGUUCGUGCCAUUCAACGAGUUCAAAGAAUUAUUGUAGCUACUGCUGGGCGUCGGGGUCUGGGAAUGUGAUCCAUCCCGUUCUUUGGCGCCGCUGGGCUGCGCAGCCGCUGGUGGGUUUGGAUUUGGGUUUGCCGGCGGCCCUUCUGAAGUAUGAACAUUUCUAGACGCGGGGGGUAGGCCAGAACCCUGCUGGUGUUUCUUCGACUUAAAGAGGAAUGCCAUCGUUAAGAUUGGGUCGUAAACGGUCGUCUCAAGCACAAAGCAGCGGAGCAACGGCGGAAGUGCAAUAGAGAACUGGGGGAGUCCACCAGCUGCACCAGGUCACCUGUACCAACAGAGUUCCAAAUGCAAUGAGGUCGGGGUAUAUUAUAGAUUGAAACAAGAGAUACCACUAAAGACCGGCAAGAGGAUAGCCCAAGAGCGCCGGGUUGUUGAACGAUAUGAAGGAGCGAACGGCGGGUAGAAUUGAAUCGGAGUCGAAAGCAGAGUAACAACAGUAGGGACCGGCGUUCGUUCCUGACGAUGCUAGAAAGAGCAGUUAAAUGCACCCCAUUCAAAUAAACGACCCUUCUCUUGAAGCCGCUCGUUGGAUCGAUUCGGAGACUGCGAGAGUUGUCUUGCCCUUUAAUAUCGAAAUAGCCUCAUUGAAAUCCGAUCGCGACACUGACAGAGCAUGGAGAGGGGUGAAAUAUAGAAAAAUCACAAGAAAGCAGACAGGGGUGGAUAACAGCAAACGGAACGGAACGACUGCGACUAAGGACAAGCAAAGAAGGCCGACGGAAAAGUGGACAACAGGGCACCCAAAGACGAGAAGAACAUGAACAAGGAAAGAGAGAGAAAAAGGAUGAAGGUGCGCGAGCAGCAAGAUGGGGCUCUGGACCUGGAGAAUUGGAGGAGAGGAGAGAGGGAGGGAGACGAGAAGAGUGAAAGACUCCGGCGUUUCACACUUUCUGGCCAGCCAGCAUUAGAUAAUUAUCCUCUGGGCUU